UUAUCUCACUUGAAAAGAGGGGUUAGGGUUUAUAAAAAAUUAAUAAAAAUGAAGAAAGGGUUUAACAUCUCAAAUCUAAUUUCUUUCACCAUUUCCAAUCAUCAUAACAAAUAUCGCCAUCACAUAAACCCUCGCUUCUUUUGCUCAUCAUCAUAUAACAAUAACAGGUCCAACAACGGUUACACCGGCGGCCGCCCACCACCACCACGCCGCCGCCCCGACAACAGAUCAUCAGGCCGUAAUCCUUCAUCGUCCCACCUUUCCGGUUUCAUCGAAAACAAUGAUGAUCCUAGAAUCCGAGGUAAAAGGGAUUUCGAUACUAGUCGAAAACCCAAUUUUAAUAAUUAUAAUAAUAGCUUUAAUAAUAGUAGCAAUGAUAGUGGUAAGAGUAAGUUUAGACCCAGUAAUAGAGAAUUCCAAGAUAGUGAACAGAACCCCGGGUUUAGUCGUAGUAGACGAGUUAAUGAUGAUAGUGAAAAUAAGGAUGCUGAUGUGUUUCUUGAUCGGUUUAAGUUAGGAUUCAAUGAUGAUGAUAAGAAUAAGUUGAGUUCAAACAAGUUUAACGGUAGAAGCCGGGGAAAUGCUGGCAAUGAGGAAAGGGUGGCAGAGGAGACGGAGCAGGAAAUGGGGCCGCCGGAAGAUGCUGAUGAGAUAUUUAGGAAGAUGAAAGAAACGGGUUUGAUUCCAAAUGCGGUAUCAAUGCUUCAUGGUUUAUGUCAAGAUGGUUUGGUUCAAGAUGCAAUGAAGUUGUUUGGGGUAAUGCGUGAAAAAGGGUCGAUACCUGAAGUGGUGAUAUAUACGGCGGUGGUGGAAGGGUUUUGCAAGUCUCAAAAGCCUGACGAAGCGAUAAGGAUAUUUAGCAAGAUGCAAAAGAAUGGGAUUGUGCCAAAUGCGUUUAGUUAUGGGGUUUUGGUUCAAGGGUUGGUUAAAGGGAAGAGGUUAGAUGAUGGUUUUGAGUUUUGUUUGGAGAUGAUUGAGGCGGGUCAUUCGCCUAAUUUGUCCACCUUUACGGGUUUGGUUAAAGUGUUCUGUAACGAACGGGGUUUGGAAGCUGCUCAAGCUAUGAUUGGUAAAUUGAAAGAGAAAGGGUUUGGGUUUGAUGAGAAAGGUGUUAGAGAAUUUAUGGAGAAAAAAGGCCCUUUUUCGCCUAUAGUUUGGGAAGCAAUCUUUGGGAAGAAAGGUUUGCAAAUGUUUUGAUCAUUUUAUAUGUUUGUGUUAUCGAUUACAUACAGUUCCUUAUCAAGAGGCUUGGUACUUUUAAUAUAAUUUUGUUGUUAUUAUGAGUUGUUAAUAAGUUAAUAUGGAUUAGUGAACUUUGAGUAGUAUGAAAUCAGCUGAUUGAUUUUGUUA